CAGGACAUAAAUCAAGCAAUGAUGACCUGGGAAUCCUUGUUUUCCUUUGAGAUCUUCUUCAUCAUCCUGAGAGAGUCCUUGGAGAUCAUUAUCAUUGUCUCCAUCCUGCUGGCGUUUGUGAAGCAGUCGUUAGCAGUCCACCAUGCGAAGGACUUUGAAGAGCAAGGCCCACAAAGCGUUUCUGCAGAGAUCGAUACGUUCCAAUCCGCCGGUGUUGAGCCUGACCAGACAGUUGAGCUGUCAGAUGCGGGUGACAAGCUCUAUAAGCAGUUCAAGCUACAGAUAUGGGUGGGUAGUCUGCUAGGGCUAUUCGUUGCGUUGAUCAUUGGGGGUGUUUUCAUAAUGGUGUUUUACAUCAUAGGCACCGAUCUAUGGUCGCUGAGCGAGCACUACUACGAGGGUGUCCUGAGUCUGCUGGCCAGUGUGGUCAUAAGCAUCAUGGGCCUCUUCUUCCUACGCUUGUCUAAGCUGAAGGAGAAAUUCCGUGUCAAGUUGGCAAACCUACUCAUCAAUAGGGACAGUGCUUCAGAUACACACCAAUCCAGGUGGAAACAUUUCAUGGAGAGGUACUCGCUAUUCUUCCUGCCGUUUAUCACGUGUAUGAGGGAGUCGCUGGAGGCAUUUGUCUUUGUAGGAGGUGUCGGCAUCUCACAGCCCUUGUCUACAAUCCCCUUAAGUGCCACAGUUGCCGUUAUAGUUGCCUCGAUUGCUGGCUACUACCUCUACAGGUCGUCCAAUUCAAUGUCUCUGAAGAUAUUUCUCAUCUCUACAACUUGUCUGCUAUAUCUCAUUGCUUCGGGUCUUUUCUCAAAGGGGAUUUGGCAAUUGGAAUUGCAACACUACAUCGACCUAUGCCAUGGUCAGGACAUGUCGGAGGUUGGCUCAGGUCCUGGAUCGUACGACAUCAUGAACAGCCUAUGGCAUGUGAACUGCUGCAACGGAGAGAUGGAUGGGCUUUGGAUGAUCCUCUCUGCGAUCUUUGGAUGGACAAACUCAGCAACCUACGGUUCGGUAAUCAGCUAUAAUCUAUACUGGAUAGUGAUGAUUGCAGCUAUCCAAGGCUUGCGGUUCCAAGAGAAAGAGGGCUAUUUCCCAUGGAUCCCACUGUCGUUUCAGAAGAAGAAGCUGUUGAAGAAAUACCAGCUGAUGAAGUCCAGUCAGCAAUUACAAGAUGAUAGUUAUUCAAAAGUGGACUUUGGAACCCAACUUUUGGAGCUGUGA